CGGCGCUGCCAGCCGAAGAAGGGCAGCCUUCCUCCGAUCGGUCCCCCUGCGCCCCGGUGCUCGAAGCCAACUCCAUCCCGGGACUCCCGAAGCGGAUUCUCAGCCACUUCUCACCUCGGGGUACGCCCGCCUUGCCGUUCGCCCUCCCGUGUGUCCUCUACCGCUCAGGACGGGGGUGCCAAGAUGCCCCGCUGCGGCGCAAGGCCCCGGGCCGCCCCCGACGACGUGUGACCCCAGCCUGGUCCCUCUGCUCGGUCAUCCGCCCUCCCCGUGGAGACCCUCGGCCCGGCCCCCGGGGGAAGAGGAGGAGGAAGAAGACGACGAGACCGACGGGGGGAUGUCCGGUUCCAAAAGCGUGAGCCCCCCGGGCUAUGCAUCGCAGACGGCGGCGGGGCCGGUGCCGGCGUCCCGGGGAGGCCCGGAGCACCGCUCGGCGUGGGGAGAGGCCGAUUCCCGCGCCAAUGGCUAUCCACACGCCCCCGGGGGGUCAGCCCGCGGUUCCACCAAGAGAUCCGGGGGGGCGGUGACCCCGCAGCAACAGCAGCAGCAGCAGCAGCAGCGCCUGGUCGGCCGCUGGCGCAGCAACGACGACGACGACGAUGACCCUCCGUUGAGCGGCGGCUGCGGCGGCGGCGGCGACGACCCCCUGGUCGGGGGCUUCGGCUUCAGCUUCCGCUCCAAGUCCGCCUGGCAGGAGCGCGGCGGCGACGACGGCGGCCGCGGCAGCAGGCGGCAGCGGCGGGGCGCGGCGGGAGGGGGCGGCACACGAGCGCCCCCUGCGGGCGGCGGCAGCGGCGGCGGCGGCGGCGGCGGCGGCGGCGGCAGCGGCAGCUCCUCGGCGGCUGCUGCUGCUGCUGCAGCGGCGGCGGCGGCGGGCGGGACGGAGGUGCGCCCCCGUUCGGUGGAACUGGGCCUGGAGGAGCGCCGGGGCAAGGGCCGAGCCACCGACGAGCUGGAGCCCGGUGUCGUCGAGGACGGCGGCGAAGGAUCGGGAGAUGGCGGCAGCUCGUCCGGGUCCGGAUCGGGAGGCGGCGCCGUGCUGUCCCUGGGUGCCUGUUGCCUGGCGUUGCUGCAGGUGUUCCGUUCCAAGAAGUUCCCGUCGGAUAAGCUCGAGCGGCUGUACCAGCGCUACUUCUUCCGGCUGAACCAGAGCAGCCUCACCAUGCUCAUGGCCGUGCUGGUGCUCGUGUGCCUGGUCAUGCUGGCCUUCCACGCCGCGCGACCCCCUCUGCAGAUCCCCUACCUGGCCGUGCUGGCGGCCGCCGUGGGCGUUAUCCUCGUCAUGGCCGUGCUGUGCAACCGAGCCGCCUUCCACCAGGACCACAUGGGCCUGGCCUGCUACGCGCUCAUCGCCGUGGUGCUGGCCGUCCAGGUGGUGGGCCUGCUGCUGCCCCGGCCGCGCAGCGCCUCCGAGGGCAUCUGGUGGACGGUGUUCUUCAUCUACACCGUCUACACGCUGCUGCCCGUGCGCAUGCGGGCCGCCGUGCUCAGCGGGGUGCUCCUGUCCGCUCUCCACCUGGCCAUCGCUCUUCGCACCAACGCCCAGGACCAGUUCCUUCUGAAGCAGCUUGUCUCCAAUGUCCUCAUCUUCUCCUGCACCAACAUUGUGGGGGUCUGUACCCACUAUCCAGCCGAGGUCUCCCAGAGACAGGCAUUCCAGGAGACCAGGGAGUGUAUUCAGGCCCGGCUGCACUCACAACGGGAGAAUCAGCAGCAGGAGCGUCUCCUGCUGUCUGUCCUUCCCCGUCAUGUUGCCAUGGAGAUGAAAGCAGACAUCAACGCCAAGCAGGAGGAUAUGAUGUUCCACAAAAUUUACAUCCAGAAACAUGACAACGUGAGCAUCCUGUUUGCUGACAUCGAGGGCUUCACUAGCCUGGCUUCCCAGUGCACUGCCCAGGAGCUGGUCAUGACCCUCAACGAGCUCUUUGCCCGCUUUGACAAGUUGGCUGCGGAGAAUCACUGUUUACGGAUCAAGAUCCUAGGCGAUUGUUACUAUUGCGUCUCGGGGCUGCCUGAAGCCAGGGCUGACCAUGCCCACUGCUGUGUGGAAAUGGGCAUGGACAUGAUCGAGGCCAUCUCGUUGGUCCGGGAGGUGACAGGGGUGAACGUGAACAUGCGUGUGGGAAUUCACAGCGGGCGAGUACACUGCGGUGUCCUUGGUCUCAGGAAGUGGCAGUUCGACGUCUGGUCUAACGAUGUCACGCUGGCUAACCACAUGGAGGCUGGCGGCAAGGCAGGACGCAUCCAUAUCACCAAGGCCACACUCAACUACCUGAAUGAGGACUACGAAGUGGAGCCAGGCUGUGGGGGCGAGCGCAAUGCCUACCUCAAGGAGCACAGCAUCGAGACCUUCCUCAUCCUGAACUGCACCCAGAAGCGGAAAGAAGAGAAGGCCAUGAUCGCCAGGAUGAACCGCCAGAGAACCAACUCCAUCGGUCAUAACCCGCCGCACUGGGGCGCCGAACGCCCCUUCUACAACCACCUGGGUGGCAACCAGGUGUCCAAAGAGAUGAAAAGGAUGGGGUUUGAAGAUCCCAAGGACAAGAAUGCCCAGGAAAGUGCCAACCCCGAGGACGAAGUGGACGAGUUUCUGGGCCGGGCCAUCGAUGCCAGGAGCAUUGACAGGUUGCGGUCCGAGCAUGUCCGCAAGUUCCUCCUGACCUUCAGAGAGCCUGACCUAGAGAAGAAGUACUCCAAACAGGUGGAUGACCGGUUCGGUGCCUAUGUGGCGUGCGCCUCGCUUGUCUUCCUCUUCAUCUGCCUCGUCCAGAUCACCAUUGUGCCCCACUCCCUGUUCAUGCUGAGUUUCUACCUGACCUGUUUCCUGCUGCUGGCCUUGGUGGUAUUUGUGUCCAUGAUCUACUCCUGUGUGAAGCUCUUCCCCAGCCCGCUGCAGACCCUCUCCAGAAAGAUCGUGCGAUCCAAGAUGAACAGCACCCUGGUCGGCGUGUUCACCAUCAUCCUGGUGUUCCUGUCCGCUUUCGUCAACAUGUUUAUAUGCAACUCCAAGAACCUGGUGAGCUGCCUGGCAGAGGAGCACAACGUCACAGAGAGCCAGGUCAACGCGUGCCACGUGUUGGAGUCUGUCUUCAACUACAGCCUGGGCGAAGAGCGGGGUUUCUGCGGCAGCCCCCAGCCCAACUGCAACUUCCCCGAGUAUUUCACGUACAGCGUUCUGCUCAGCCUGCUGGCCUGCUCCGUGUUCCUGCAGAUCAGCUGCAUCGGGAAGCUGGUGCUCAUGCUGGCCAUCGAGCUCGUCUACGUCCUCGUCGUCGAAGUGCCCGGUGUCGCCCUCUUUGACAACGCUGACCUCCUGGUUACGGCCAACGCCAUAGACUUCAGCCACAACGGGACUUCCCCGUGCCCAGAGCACGCGACCAAGGUGGCGCUGAGGGUGGUGACACCCGUCAUCAUCUCCGUGUUUGUGCUGGCCCUGUACCUGCACGCCCAGCAGGUGGAGUCCACCGCCCGCCUCGACUUUCUUUGGAAACUGCAGGCCACCGAGGAGAAGGAGGAGAUGGAAGAGCUCCAGGCUUACAACCGGCGGCUGCUGCACAACAUCCUGCCCAAGGACGUGGCUGCCCACUUCCUGGCCCGGGAGCGGCGCAAUGACGAACUGUACUAUCAAUCCUGCGAAUGUGUGGCUGUCAUGUUCGCCUCCAUUGCCAACUUCUCCGAGUUCUACGUGGAGCUGGAAGCCAACAACGAGGGGGUCGAGUGCCUGCGGCUGCUCAAUGAAAUCAUUGCCGACUUUGACGAGAUCAUCAGCGAGGAUCGAUUCAGACAGCUAGAAAAGAUCAAGACCAUCGGCAGCACCUACAUGGCCGCCUCUGGCCUCAAUGACUCCACCUAUGACAAGGUGGGCAAGACCCACAUCAAAGCUCUGGCUGACUUCGCCAUGAAGCUGAUGGACCAAAUGAAGUACAUCAACGAACAUUCCUUCAACAACUUCCAGAUGAAAAUUGGGCUCAACAUCGGUCCUGUCGUGGCCGGGGUCAUCGGGGCUCGGAAGCCUCAGUACGACAUCUGGGGUAAUACCGUGAAUGUGGCCAGCCGCAUGGACAGUACUGGGGUGCCCGACCGCAUCCAGGUAACCACGGACAUGUACCAGGUGCUGGCCGCCAACACAUACCAGCUGGAGUGCCGGGGUGUGGUCAAGGUCAAGGGCAAAGGCGAGAUGAUCACCUACUUCCUCAACGGAGGGCCUCCCCUCAGUUAGCAGCUGCGGGCCAGCGGUGCCAACAGCCUGGCCUCCGGAGGACCAGAAAGGCUUCUUUUUUGUGUGUGUACAGCAGGCAGGCAAGGCCUGUGCCCCAGCCGGCCGCGGUGACAUCUCCACACUGACCGCAGCAGCCCCCGGCCAGGGCCCCGGCUGCCAGCACCCUGGGAGCACCAAGCUGACCAAAGAUGUUUCCCUCGGCAGAAGACUCCCCGAGACUCGACCCGAGCCCUGAGUUUUCUGACAGGUGCCGCCCGCUGCACGGUGGAGGUGCCACUGGAGCCCUCAUCAGGUGGUGUGGCGCAGCGCAGAGCCGCAGGCCCGGGGUGACACCUUGGUGGCAUUGUGUGGGUAGGUGGGCUUGAAGUUGACCUGGGGGGCGGUGGUGUUUGCCCAGGGACCUCAAGAGUCUGCUUUUCCAUGUGAGCCUUUAAACUUCAGACAGGCCACACCCUCUGCUCCCCGAUGGGGCUUUGGGCUGGGAGCGCUGGCUUUCGAGGGCCUGUGGCCUUUGCACCCUCCGCCCACACCUCCACACGUGCAGACGGUACCCCGUGAGGGAAACGGGACUGGAGGCAAGAGGACACCAAGCAAGGAGGGGUGGCUCUGAGAAAAAGGAAAUCUUUAUUAAAUAAAACAAAAUGAGUUUUCUGUGCCCUU